UAUAUAUAAACCGACGUCGGCAACUAGGAAAAACAGUGAGCUAAGCGUCUCCUCCCUGAUGACACUGCUAGCAUAGAGGAAGCUUAUGUUACAGUGCGAAGAAGUCAAAACUGUAGUAAUACCCAUUAUUCUCCCUCAUAACUCUUUACGUAGUCCCGAUUUACUCUGUUUUAUAAAGAUUAACAGCGCACCUCCUCGAGUUCUGGUGCGUUAAAUGGAGGAGAAGAAGGAAGACGGAGACUCGGAGAUACAGGAACACGGACCCGAGCACUGGUUCUCAAAAUGGGAGCGGCAGUGUUUGGCCGAAGCGGAGCAGAGGGAGCCGAGCGAGGAGGAGGCCGACAACGACCAGGAUAAACUGUGGCACCUCUUCCAGAACUCCGCUACCGCUGUAGCACAGCUAUACAAAGACAGAGUAUGCCACCAGCAGGGCCUGUCAUUGUGGGUGCCAUUUCAGAACGCGGCUACAGCAGUGACCAACCUCUACAAAGAGAGUGUGGAGGCUCAUCAGAGAAGCUUUGAUCGGGGCAUCCAAAUAGGCCAUCAACGCCGCAAUAAGGACAUGUUGGCCUGGGUGAAAAAACGCCGGAGAACCAUUCGCAGGGAGGAUCUUAUCAGCUUUCUGUGCGGCAAAGCACCACCACACAGGAGUAGCAGGGCUAACUCCCGGCUGGCCAUGGUGGCCCCUAGUCGAGCUAAUUCACCAGCUGAGACCGGCUCAUCUGUGGAGGCAGACCUCCAGCCCUUCAGGGAGGCCAUAGCACUGCAUGGUCUAAGUGGAGCCAUGGCAAGCAUCAGUGUGCGCUCCGGUGCCCCAGGUUCUCCCACACAUGUGAGCGGGAGCAGCAGUAAUGGGGGCGGUGCUGGUGGAGGUGGUUCUUCUGGCGCGGGGCCGGUGUGCCGCAGCAGGCGCAAUGGGCUCCAGGACGUCGACCUGAACACUUUCAUCUCUGAGGAGAUGGCUCUGCAUCUGGACUCUACAGGCUCUGCCUCUGCUGGAGGGGUAGGAACCAGGAAAAGAAAUUCCACCCAGUGUAGUGAUGUCAUCACAGACUCCCCUACUCACAAACGUAACAGGAUGAUCUGAUCUUUUGCCCGCCUAUGUGUAUGAGAGGGAGGGGGGAAGCCUUCACAGCCAAGGCAGGGAAAGUUGGGGUGGAUGGGCUGAUAUGUGACAGAUGCGCAGAUGGACGGGCUGACGCUUCAGAUGCCUGGCUGUGGAAAAGAACCCAGGUUGAAAACGGGACUGUAGGUUCUCGGUUCAGUCUAAUCAGAUGUUGGAUGCAUUAUUUUCCUUGUCUCCUUUUCCGACACUAUUACUACAAAUCACUGCUCUGCAAUCGGGACACUUUGUGUGAGAGAGACUGGGAGGUCUGGUCAACGUCACACACUCCUCAGACAUCGCUACCCUGGAAAGGAGACAAUGAAGGAACCAACACGUUCUGGGAUGCGGACAGUUCUCAAAGGGUUGAAAAUGCACUGUGCUGCUUUACAAGUAAAAGCCACUUGAUCCUUGACACAUUUGUGCCCUUCCCUCCCUUAACCUCACUCAUCCUCACCCACCACCUUAAUAAGGAAGUGAGGGCCAUGAUCAAAUCAUCUCACUCAGUGAAUCAAGUUGCUCGCCAAAUGUUGGACCCAGCUCUAUCAGAGACUCACCUCUGUGUCAAACAACCCAACGGUUUCUUUCUGUUACUUCAUCAUUGCAGCUCUUAGUUGACGUUGCCUGUCUGGUGGAGCUAAUUUGCUAAUUAGAGAACAUCUGUGGCAUCAUCCUGCCUCAUCUGCUCGUAACCGCCCACAUUUCUCUGGUUACUAGACUGACGGCAUGGAACUACCAAUAGCAGGCUAUUGAUGUUCUUAUUUUCUGCUAACUACUCUGCUUCAACUGUGACUUGAUUUAGUUAAGCCAGUCGCCAUUUUUGUUUUAAACCACCAGUGUUAAAAUUCUUUGCCACUGUUCUCUCCACCUUGUUUUCUUUCCUGUUUUACGUUGUUUUUCUUUUGUUAAAGAUAACAAAGGAAAAACUUCUUUGUCGUAUAGCUUCACAGACGC